CGGCCGCGAAAACCUGGCAUUAGAUCCUUGCUCGAUUUAUGGCUUGUAACAGCUCUGCACAUUUAUACUAAGUCAUGGGCCAACAAUUAGAAACAAUCAGCACAGACGUGUUCGAGUGCUCGGCCGUCAGUGUGUUCAAGAUUCCACCCGGCAAUCUCUCCAUCACCGAAUGGAACAAGUAUGAAUCAAGCACGAUUUGGAGCGGCUGCUUACGUGUGUUAGAAGAAGAAACGUACAUUGAAGAGGAUGAAACUGAGGAAAUCCACUUAAGUGGAGCCCCGCCACGUAUCCGGCUGCCUUCGUUCCCGGUAGACCGGAUUCGGCUCAAACUUGAGUUGUAUAACGAAGUGGAUGCCAAAUCUGAGCUUUGGGCCGUGGUGUGGUACAAUCCAAUCCAUGAAUUGGAUGGUCAACUUGUGCAAUUGGAGUCUAUCCAGCGAACAGAGGCAUAUCGACUAUUCAAGAUAAUUGUCCAGAUCCCUGGGUCCAAGUACACAGGGCUGAAUCCACACGAAGACUUGGUGCAAGUGGCUUUGGGGCUCAAAUUUGAUGAUAAACUUGAUGCUUACACAUUUAUAGAGAGACUCAAUUCCUACCAAAAACUGUUCCAUAGCUACGUGGAGCAGUAUAAAUACGAGCUCGAGAUGGGUCAGCUUGCGGAAGACCUGAAGCACCUCAGUCUUGAUGCGCUGGAUGAAACGAAUGAACUUAGUGAUGAUGAUAACGACCAAGAAGACGACUUUGGAGAUUUUGUGGGAUAGCGAAGAGAUGUUACACAAACUUUAUGCGAUAUGAAUGGACUAUAUAGAAUAUGCAUUAUGAUACUGACUUUGCGUGGCCUUGCAUGGCUUUACUUUCUUAUUUAACUCUUCUUCUUAGAAUAGUACAACUUGUUGAUAAGCGGAUUCCGCUGCUGCCUAAUCUCCUUGUUUUUGUUCUUACCGUACUCAAGAUACGCCAUGUCUUCACCCCCAGCCAAUCCUGCCAAAGACCCGGCACUCUUGACAGAGCUGCUACCUUCGGUCUUGAUUCUACCUUCCCGGGCGAAGGUUGUAUCAGCAUCAUCACCAAUCUCCAACCCAGCAGCAUCCUCAUUCUUUAACAACACUUCUUGAAGCAACUCCCUACGUUCUCGUGCAGUUGAAUAUGCUAAAUUGGGCAAUUGCUCCAUUCCAUUCAAAUGAGUGAUAACCUUGAAGGCAUACCCUUGGUCCACUAAGAACGCUUGUCUCUUGGUCGAAUAGUACAUUUCCUGGGUAUCCUUAGACACCAAUGAGUAGAAGAAGGCAUUAAACCCUUCGUCAUUUCUUCUCUUUGCUCUUAAGAUUCUACCCAAUCUCUGAGCUUCUUGUCUACGAGACCCAUAGUGAGAUGA